CAACAAUAUCGGAUCUCUUACUUUGAUCCGACAUCAGCCUUACCAAAGAGUCCCUUAUUCUACUAUCUCAUUUGUUUUCAACACCAGCAACUGAGGUUGCUGAAUUCGCCGAGUGUCAGUUUGUUAUUUGCUGACCUGAAGCAGUCAACAGGAGCGCAUACAACCCAAACAUCCUUCUAACACUCUUCUAUCAUUUCCCCACUCGCAGCUGAAAUCAUCCGCAAACAUAGAAGACAUCUCAUCUGCACUGGGACCUCAAGUUGAAUCUUCUUCUAUUACCUCCUUUCACGAAUCGCCAUGCCCAGCAACAACAACAAAGGAGGCUACAAGCCUAAAGCCUACGAGGCUGCGCCAACUCAGUUUCGUUGCGCUUCAGGUAACGAGUGGAAGCCCUUGGACAUGUUCUCCAAGGCCCAACAGAGGAACACCCGCUUCUUGAUAGACUCCGGUAGAAAGGUGGAUCCUGGAAACACCGGAAUGAUCUGCAAGGAACAUAACUCAACUCCCGUUUUGGAGCAUGGGUGCGUCGGCUGCGACCGAACACUCCCCUAUGAUGCCUUCUCCCUGAACCAGCGCAGACUUGAGGAUUGGCGAUGUCUUCAAUGUGUCGCAUGGGAUACAGUCGCAGAGCCCUCAGUGGUUCCGAUCCCCAAAGCUACGGGUCAUGUCUCCGUAGAGGAAGAAGAGAUGAUGAGCCAAGGUUACCUUGCGCCUGUCGAGGUUGCCCAAUUCUUCGAUGAAGAUGAUCUCCCUGGAGCACCUAUCACUUCACCUGAGUCACUUGGCUUAGACCCAAACAACGAAGACGACAACAAAGUCUUCAACGAAGUCGUCCGAGGCUCAUCCCAGACGAUUCACUCUUCUACGACUCUAAAUUUUGCGUCCACGACAUCCAGUGUUGCUGGCGAUAACAUGUCAACAACUUCUAGCCGUGCUACACUCCCCCCUCAUCUCCAGAGACUGCUGCCAGAGCGUCUCGCAAGCCUGUCUAUUGACGAAGACUCUGUAUCCUCGAGCUCAAAGGUUGUUCUUCCGCAAGUGUCUCGAAUGGCAAGCGAUUUCCCUCCCCACCUUCGCGGCCUGAAAAUAGCCCAGCGAACUGCCACCUCAAGCACCACCGGUAGUGUUUCGACUGCAACAACUCUCCGCAAGGACCAGGAGGAGGCGGCUGCCGCCCGCAAGAUCACCUUCAACGCUUGGGACCCUAUGGGCCAGAGGCACACUGCGUCCAAGAACCCCACCGUCAUGUCCAGCUCGGCAUCCGAAGUAUCAACUACCGAAGAAAGCGACCAGGGUGCUAAGAUCGUAGACGGCUGGGACGACAUCCCUCCUAUGAAGGAGGCCUCAACCUGGCGUGAGGACAAGUGGGGGAACGGAAAGGAAAAUCGUAUCUCACAGGCCGACCUCAGAAAGCAGCAACAGGCCAACUUCUACACCAACAACAAGUGGAAGAAGAUAAACGAUCGCUACUUCACUCAGCCUAACAUCAUGGACCAAGCUGAGGACUCACCCGGGCGCCAGCGAUCCGGCCACUCCAUGCAGAGUCGCAACAUGUUUGACGCCCUGAGCAACUAG